AUGUCUGCAUACGAAGACCCACUUUCCAGUCCAAAUAUGGCAAGCUCAAUAGUUUUAAUGAAUGAUGAUUUCUUAAAUAACUUUAAAAUGAAGCAAUCUUAAUUCACAAUGCUGGACAAAGUAAAGUUAUCCAGAGAGGUUAGUGAAUAGAGUAUCGUCUCCUAAGACUCAUAUGAUUUCGAAGCCAAAUAAGGAUUUAAAACUAAGAUAUGGAAGGAUCGAGCCUUAAAUAUUAUAGUUCUUGUUGCUCGUUUUGUUACUUACUUAUUGACUAAUUCGGAUAAAUUUAAAUUGCGAUACUUAGAUCAUAGGUAAUUUAAAGUUAUUGGAGAUAAGGCUUCUGAUUUUAAUUUUUAUUUAACACAUAAAUUAAUAAGAGGCAAGGCAAAAUAAGGCUCAUUGGAAUUGCUAUCUACAAAAAUUAAGUUAUACCUAGGUUUUUUAAGAGUGUUUUCAUCAAUCAUAAAACCAAUCAGGCCUGAUAAUUCGCUUAAACUAUAUUGGGAUGUAGUAGUUUUUCUCAUUUUAUUAAUAAAUAUCCUUUAUAUACCUCUUAAGAUCUCAUUUCAAAUAAGCCUAGUUGAUGGAGCAGAUUUUUUUCUAGACACUCUACCCUAAUAUGUGUUCGUUUUCGAAAUAUUGCUUAAUUUUAAUGUUGCUUACUAUUCAAGGGGAGUAUUAGUGUUAAAUAGAACAUAGAUAUUCAAACAUUAUUUGAAGGGAAAAUUCGCACUUGAUUUCAUUGUUCUUAUCCCGUUUAUGAUAGGGAGAUCUAAUGUACCCUAUAUUGAGUUCGUGUUGCUGUUUAGAGUAUCCAGGGUUAUGUAUAUCUUCGAAAAUAUAGUUGAAACUACGAACCUUCGAGUAAAUUUUGCAUCAGUCAUUGACAUAAUCUCAUUAAUGUCAACCUUCUUGUUUGCAUCACACAUUAUAGCCUGCAUUUGGCAUUUCAUAGCGAUUUAAGAAUCUUCAUUUGAGGAAAACACAUGGAUUCAAAGAGCCAAUCUGGUUGAACACAAUUGGCAAGCUAGAUAUAUCACAAGUUUUUAUUGGGCUUGUAUAACUACAUUGACUAUAGGCUAUGGUGAUAUAAUACCAGUCACUCAAUAUGAGAAAAUAUUUGUCAUUUUCGUAACGCUUUUAAGUUCUAUUAUCUUUGGUUAUACAAUUUCGAGUAUCGGUUCAAUUUUUGCUUAAAUGAGUGAAAACAAAAAUUACCUCAGAGAUAGAAUGACAUUGAUAGAUUCUUUUCUUAAAAAAAGAGGCUUGAAUAAAGAUUUGUAAGUGAAAGUGAAGAAGUUUUUUGAAUACUUUUUGAAAUAAGAGAGGGAUUAAGAAUCGGAAUGUGAAAAGUUAAUGAUUCAUUUAUCAGGGACUUUAAAUAGGGAAGUUAAGAUUGAUUUUUACAAAAACAUCUUGUGCACUUCUAAAUUAAUUAGACAAAACUUUUCUGCUCAAUUUAUAGAGAAGUUAUGUAUACUCGUGAAAGAAUAAUCUUUUGUUCCAGAAGAAAUAAUCUCGAUAGAAGGAUAAAAGGUUGAUAAAAUUUACUUUAUACUCAAAGGAGAGGUAGAAGCUUAUAUUAGUAACAAUAAAACAAUUAAAUUCUAUUCAAGAAGUUAAGCUAUAGAUGAAAAGUCAUUCAUUUCACAACAUCCUGCUUUGUUUUCCACCAGAGCUAUCAAAUUCUCAAAGCUAGCUUAUAUUACAUACGAUGAUUUAUUAGAAUUAUUAAAAUACAACCAAGAAGACAGAGAGCAUUUUUAUUAUGUUAAACAUCAAAUAGAAUUCGGUGGAAGUGUUAAAAUGGGAGGAUGUGAAUUGUGUCACCAAAAUCAUGAUUUCAUAAAGUGUCCUUUUGUAUUCUAUACACCAAAUAGUUUAAGACUAUUUAAGAAAAAUGAUCAUGAGGAUAAAUAGCUAAGGAGAUUCAGAGUGCGAUCUAGAAUAAAUCAAAAAAUUCAUAAUAACUCUCUAGCAUAAUUAAGAAAUUUAUAAUAGUUAGUCUUUAACUAUUGCGCCUGUUAGGGUUUGUUAAACGAAAUUGGACCAAAUUCAGAAUUUAUUUUAUCAAACAAAUUCAAUUUCUAAUAAGAUUCAGCCUAAGAAGAAAUAGAUCCUAGCAUGACAAAUUCAGAUAACGAAUCCGAAUAUAAGCCUAUAAAAUCUCAAAAUUAUUUACAAAUCAAGAGAGAUUCUAAAAGGAAGGUAUCUGAAAAUAAAGAUUCUCAAUCUAUAAAAUCUAAAAAAAAAUAUACUAGGAUUUCUAUCUAAAAGAUAUGUUAAUAAAAUAGAAAUUCUGCAUUAUACGAAAGAGAAAAUUGUAUUCAAGAAAGGAAACACAAAUCUAGCACAAAGAGGGUUACUUUAAUUUAAAAUUAAAUGAAACUUGAAUAGAGUGAAAGAUUGGAUGAUGACCCUUUAUAAACCUAAUUUUAAUAAACAAUUGCUUUAAGCUAAUAAUAACAAGCAUAAUAACAAUUACCUUCACCAUAAUUAUAAUAGAACUCAGCUAAAUUGCUUGAUGUAGAUUAAGUAUCAUUUAUUGAAAUUGAUAUUGCACGACAGAUGCUUAAAAAAGAAUGCGAUAUAGAUUUAUAAAAAGAAAUGGAAUUUUAUGACACAGGAUUUAAUUUUUAAGUAGUUGUUGGUAAAUUGAAAAAAGUAAGUAAAAAGUUACCUUUAAAAUUGAAAAGAAAAAAAAUGAGAAAAUCCUUCGCAAGGUCUUAAUCAAUAAGGCAUAUUAGCUAAACUAGGUCUUGA